ACUUCUGCUUCUCCUCGCAGUCAUUUCCAAGCAGGACGCUGGUGUGUCCCGGUCCACCUCUCCAUCCGUGCAACAAGGGGUUCAAGAGCAACACAGAGUGCCCUCCCACCGCCCAAGGCAAGCUCCUCCACAUCCUUCUGUGCUCCAGCAGAUGCAGACCGUGUGGGUGAUGCUGAUCUUCCUGGCUGGAGGGCAGCUUGCAAGCGGCACACUCUGCAAGACCUAUGGCACCAUCCCAGGCAUCCCAGGGUCACCAGGACAGCCUGGCAGCAAUGGCAGAGAUGGGAAGAAUGGCCUAAAGGGCGACCGAGGUCCCCCUGGCCAGGUGGAGCAUGAAGGAGACAUGGGGGAGAAGGGAGACCCAGGAGAGAUGGGGUACCCUGGGAAGAUUGGCCCUAGGGGCCCCCCAGGUUCAAAGGGUUUACCAGGUCCCAUGGGACCCCCCGGCGCUCAGGGGGACUCUGGUGACUACAAGGCCACCCUCAAGUCCGCCUUCUCUGCUGCCAGGACCAUCAGCUCCUACCCACGCCGGGAGCAGCCCAUCCGCUUUGAUCGCAUCAUCACCAAUGUGAAGGGUCACUACGAGAACCGGUAUGGCCGCUUCAUCUGCCAAGUCCCAGGCAUCUACUACUUCACCUACCACGUCACCUCCAGGAGCAACCUGUGCCUCAGUGUGAAAAAGGGCCGGGGUGGCAGCAGGGGUGAGAAGGUGGUGACCUUCUGUGACUAUGUGCACAGCAGCUACCAGGUCACCACGGGUGGCGUGGUCCUCAAGGUGGCAGCGAAUGAAUCCGUCUGGCUGGAGCCAACAGAGAAGAACUCUCUAGUGGGGAUUGAAGGGUCCGACAGCAUCUUCUCUGGCUUCCUGGUCUUUCCCGAUGCUUAGUCCACUGAUGGUGUCUCUCUGCAGCCCUUCCCCUGCUGCUAGCUGGCCCCUGCAGGGCUGAGGACCCCUGGAAACGACUCUUUGCUCCAGGUUUGGUGCCCUAAGCCCAUUUCUGCCAAUCAUCUUGCACAUUAAAUGACAGCUCCUUG